AUGGGUCACCGGUCUCUGAAAAGCGUCCAGCGAGAUUCGCUUUUUGAUUUGACAGGGCACGUUGCCCUUGUCACAGGCGGUGGUUCUGGUAUCGGCCUCAUGAUCGCCCAGACAUUUGCUGUCAACGGCGCCAAAGUCUACAUCACCGGUCGUACGAAGGAAAAGCUGGAAAACGUCGUUGCCACUUACGGCAAAGAGGUUCCAGGCGAGCUCAUCCCAGUCACCUGCGAUGUGACUAAGAAACAAGCAAUCUCUGAGCUCUAUGAUUAUAUCUCGAGCCGCGAGAAGUGCCUCUGCAUUCUUGUCAAUAAUGCGGGUAUAGCGGGGUCCAGGCUAGACAUCGAUGACAAGAAGAGAUCUGCAGACGAGUUGAAAGCCAGGAUGUUUAGCGCGGACAAGUCCACGUUUGAGGACUGGGAAGAUGUCUACCGUGCAAAUGCGGCCUCGACAUACUUCACAACAUCAGCAUUCUUGCCGCUCCUCCACCACAGCACCGAAAGACACGAAGGGUGGUCUGGAACGGUUAUCAACAUCGCCAGCGUGAGCGGAGAGGUUAAGACAGGCCAGCAUCAUUUCUCGUACAACGCGUCGAAGGCAGCUCUACUCCGUCUAACCCGGAUGUUGGCCACCGAUAUCGUGACGAACGGCCUCAAGAUCCGUGUCAACAGCAUCUCGCCCGGUCUAUUUCCGAGCGAGAUGACAACCGGGGGAAGCGAUGAGGGUCAGAAGAGCCACAUGCCCAAGGAGAAGGGAAGCAACUAUCCUGCUGAGCGACCGGGGAAGGAGGAAGAUAUUGCAAGUGCAGUGCUGUUUUGCGCCGUAAAUCAGUUUGUCAAUGGGCAGAAGUUUACGGUAGAUGGAGGCCUGUCGCUUGUUGCCGGACAAUGA